AUGUUGCUUGUAAUUUGGUCAACGGCCAUAUUGGUCGCUUUGGCACUCUACUUUCAUCAGUUAUACACCAGGUUCAGCAGAUAUGGAGUCAAGCAAUUCAAGCCAAUACCAAUUCUUGGUAAUAUGACUCACAUAAUCCUACGUAUGAUACAUGUCACUGACGAUACGCAAAGACUUUACAAUGCUUUUCCUGAAGAGAGGUUCGUAGGAAGAUUUGAAUUCCUGAAUCCUAUAGUAAUGAUCAAAGACAUAGAAUUGAUAAAGAAGGUAACGGUGAAGGAUUUCGAAUACUUCGUAGACCAUCGCUCUUUUGUUAAUGAUAAUGCUGAUCCUUUCUUUGGACGGAAUCUGUUCUCGUUGAAAGGCGAAGAAUGGAAAGACAUGCGAUCAACUUUAAGUCCUGCAUUCACGAGCUCUAAGAUGCGUUUAAUGGUUCCAUUUAUGGUUGAAGUUGGUGAGCAAAUGAUAAAAUCCCUUAAGAAAGAGAUUCAGAGUUCUUCAGGCGAAUAUAUUGACGUGGAGGGUAAGGGUCUGAUGACAAGAUAUGCAAACGAUGUUAUCGCUUCUUGUGCCUUUGGACUAAAAGUAGACUCACAUAGCGAUAAAAGCAAUAUAUUCUUUAAGAUGGCCAAAAUGGCUGCAUCCUUUAAUUUCAAGCAUGUGCUAAAAGUUUUCGCGAUGGCUGCUUUUCCUACUGUGACUUCGAUCCUACGUGUCUCCCUGUUCGAAAAAUCGACGAAAGAAUUUUUCUGGAACCUGGUGAUGAAUACAAUGAACGAACGUGAAGCUAAACAGAUUUUCAGACCUGACAUGAUCCAUCUUCUGAUGGAGGCUAAAAAGGGUCGAUUAACUCACGAAGACAAAGGUGCUAUCGACACGGAUGCUGGAUUCGCAACUGUCGAAGAAUCUUCCGUGGGAAAAAAGAAAAUAGAUCGUGUGUGGACUGACAUCGAUAUAGUGGCUCAAGCUGUGUUGUUCUUCAUUGCCGGUUUCGAUACCGUUUCUUCAGCUAUGUCGUUCGCGCUUCACGAAAUAGCUACGCACCCUGAAAUCCAGCAACGUUUGUAUGAAGAAAUCAAGGAACACAACGAAAAGAACUGUGGAAAUUUAAGUUACAAUUCAAUACAGAGUCUAAAGUAUUUAGACAUGGUUGUGUCAGAGGUGCUUCGGAUGUGGGCUCCGGGCGUUGCACUAGAUAGACUUUGCAUCAAAGAUUAUAAUUUAGGAAAACCAAACAAACAAGCUAUUGAAGAUUACAUAAUUCGUAAAGGAGAAUCGAUUAUGAUCCCUAUUUGGGCAAUCCACCACGAUCUCAAAUACUACCAAGAUCCGGAGAAAUUUGAUCCAGAGAGAUUCUCCGAAGAGAAUAAACACCUUAUUAAACCAUUUACCUACCUUCCAUUUGGUCUUGGCCCUAGGAAUUGUAUAGGUUCCAGGUUUGCGUUAUGCGAGGUGAAAGUAAUGCUGUACAAGCUUCUCCUGAACAUGGAAUUAUCUCCGUGCGCGAAGACCUGCACACCAGUGAAACUCUCCACCGAUACUUUCACCCUUACAAUGCAAGACGGACAAUGGUUUAAAAUGCGAUGUAGAAUACAAUAG